GAGAUAGAUUGGUUGGCGUCGUGCAUACAAGUACUCUCAAUCGAAAAGAGAGGGUGAUACAUUACAUUAUUAGUUAACCAGUUUUAACACACGUAUUUGUGUACACAUACAAACUUCAUAAUAAUAAUGAAAUCGUGUUGUUGCUUAAUAAGCAUACUUUCUAUUGUUGGCCUUAAAUAUAUUUCAAUAAUAAGUGCAAAUGGUAUUAGAUUGGAUCAAUCUUUUGAAAACUUACGCCUCAAUCCACCGAAGGGUUCAUUCCAGCAUAACCAGCAAGCUAGCAGCAGGACAGACACUCAAACAUUUCAUGUAGUUAAUGAGUGGAAAUAUUUAGAUUUCGAGUAUCCCACUUUUGUUUCAAGACAACAGGCUAUACUGAAAGGAGAUUUUAUACCUCGAAAUAAUUUGCCCUUGGGUAUAGACAGACACCGAAACCGAUUGUUUUUAACCACACCACGCUGGAAGGACGGCGUGCCUGCGAGUUUGGUCACAGUGCCGUUUCCGACAAAGGAGAUUAGUCCGCAGGUGCGGCCAUAUCCCAACUGGGAAGCCCACAGCAGCCCAUACAAUCCAGACUGUACCAAGCUUAUUUCAGUUUAUCGGACAGCAAUCGAUAGUCAAUGCAAUCGUCUGUGGCUGAUAGAUUCAGGAAUUGUGAAUGCAACGAUCAAUCUCAACCAAGUCUGCUUGCCAAAAAUAGUCGUUUAUGACUUGGACACUGAUCAAAUGGUGGUCAGCUUUCAGCUACCAUCAAGUCAGGUAAAACAGGACUCUCUGCACUCCAACAUUGUGGUGGACAUUAGGCAGGGACGGUGCGAAGACGCACAUGCGUUUGUCACAGAUGUCUGGAGAUUUGGCAUAGUUGUCUACAGCUUGGCUCGACAUAGAAGUUGGCGCAUUACCAAUUACAACUUUUAUCCAAAUCCCGCUGCGUCAGAUUUUAAUAUUUAUGGUUUAAAUUUUCAAUGGAUGGACGGAGUUUUUGGACUAAGCCUUUCCCAAAAGAAUCGUUUCUUGUACUUUCAUCCAAUGGCUAGCUUUAAAGAGUUUAUGGUGUCUGCUGAUUUGUUGUUGGACGAAUUUCUCUGGCUAAAUGAAAGCAUAAACACGUCGAAAUACUUUGUGCCUAUUGGAGAUCGUGGCUCAAAUGGGCAAUCGUCGACAUCUGCUAUCGCUAGAAAUGGCGUUAUGUUCUAUACCCAGGUACAGAAGGAUUUGAUUGGCUGUUGGGAUACAUCUAAGCCGUACAUCAGAGAAAAUCUAGGAACGCUUAUCGAUAUUACAAACAGUUCAAAUACGAUGCUUAUUCAAUUCCCCAACGAUCUUAAAGUAGAUAAUGAAGAGUUGCAGAGUCUAUGGGUAAUGAGCAAUCGCUUGCCAAUAUACUUAUAUAGCCAGCUUGAUUAUGGAGAUAUUAAUUUUCGCAUAUUAAGAGCUGAUGCUGAAAGCGUCGUGGCAAACAGCGUUUGCAAUCCUAUCUAUUUAUCUACAAAUACCCAAAAUAUGGCGGUUAUCUCGCUUAAAGAAGGAGAAUGCUAUUAGGUAUAAAAACACGAAAACCAACUCAUAUUUUUACCAGGGAUUACAAAUAAAAGUUUUGAGAAAUAUAAAAUUGUUUCGCAAAAAAAAAAAAAACAGCAUAUUUGGUACCAGCAGCCAUCCAUAUAUUCUUCGAUUUUUACUUUCAAUUUUAUUUUUUUGAUUAUAUUUUAUAAACAUGUUUUCUUGCCAAGUUCUUCAU